GUCGUCCGCCGCCGCCGAAGGACGGAAGGAGAAGAGGGUACGGCCGUCUCCUCGCCCCCAUGGCCCACGAGAAGAAGCUGUCCAACCCGAUGCGGGAGAUCAAGGUGCAGAAGCUCGUCCUCAAUAUCUCCGUCGGGGAGAGCGGCGACCGUCUCACCCGCGCCGCAAAGGUGCUCGAGCAGCUCAGCGGCCAGACCCCCGUCUUCUCCAAGGCGAGGUACACGGUGCGGUCGUUCGGCAUCCGGCGUAACGAGAAGAUCGCCUGCUACGUCACGGUGAGGGGCGAGAAGGCCAUGCAGCUGCUUGAGAGCGGCCUCAAGGUCAAGGAGUACGAGCUGCUCAGGAGGAACUUCAGCGACACCGGGUGCUUUGGUUUCGGCAUCCAGGAGCACAUCGACCUUGGUAUCAAGUACGAUCCUUCAACAGGCAUCUACGGAAUGGACUUCUACGUCGUGCUGGAGCGUGCGGGCUACCGUGUGGCACGCCGCAGGAGGUGCAAGUCCCGCGUCGGGAUUCAGCACAGGGUGACCAAGGAGGACUCCAUGAAGUGGUUCCAGGUCAAGUACGAAGGCGUCAUCCUCAACAAGGCUCAGGCCAACACGUUGUAAACCUCACCUGUGGGCAAAACAGCUCUCUGGUCUCUUCUCCUCCUCCGUGUCAACGCAAGACCACCACCCACCUCGCCAGGCUUUUUUGGGUUUAAUUUGUGUUCUCAGCCCUGAUGUUUAGUCUGCUAGCACUCUGUGGGUGCUGUUGUCGCAAGAUCACCACCAUGUCAAUUAUUUCCGUGCCCUUGUCGCACUCUGUGUGCUGUUGCUUGAAAACAUGCUAGUUUGAUCUCCCUAGCGCAGCUUGUGAUCUGGCUUUUUUGUUUGGUUA